CUGUGCUGUGUAUCGCGUGGAAGCGUGGUUUUCGUGUCGGUCGGACUGUCAACAGUGCCCGCAGCCAUGAUGUCGGGGCAGCACGGCCGACAGCUCCCCAUGGUCGCCAAAACCGCCCCGAACGAGAUGCCGAAGCCGGUCGUGUUCCACCCCACCAGCAGCCCCGAACGCCAAUUUUCAAAAGAAAUCGCUCGUCGGUAUCGCCUUCGCGAUCACAGCAUCACUGGUUUUCACCAACAACCAGCCGAAGCCCGCCUCGUACUCGCCAUAUGCCGACGCCACGUCCCAGUCCAUUCGCGUCCCUCUUCGCAGCGCGUCGACACACAGACCGCCUGUCUCCGGUUCGCCCGCAUGAGGCCGUAGUCCAUCACAACCCCGAGUACAAUGGGCUGCCGCGGAACGACGCUGAUAACAUGCACCACCGUGACCAUAGCCAAGACGAAAGGAUUUACCAGAACGUGGACCUUGGCGGCAACAACCCAAUUCCAGCGGACGGCGGGCUGCAAAAUCGCCAUCCUAUAAAUCUGCUGGAUUUUGGCUACGAGAGCAACAGCAACAGCAACAACCAGCACCACGGCGUCAACGACCAAGUUGCCCAACCUGAUAUUCCACCAGCCGAACCACUGCGCUUUCUGUACACCGGGUCGAAAUUUUAUCCUGUAUUUGCCCGGGCGACAGACGACCUACAUCGAUUCCCGCCAUGCGAUGUGUAUCCCAAUGAAGACCGCAUUCUGGAAACUGGCCAAACGGAGAGCCCACGUUCACCAUCUCCCGCGUCUUCUGUUGGCUAG